AUGGCGAAUGGAAAGACUGCUGCAUUAUCCUCAUUUCAGAAGUCAGAAGGGACUGCUGUGAGACGUUUGGCUGAACAGAAGGACUUUUGUAUUUCCAUAUUUCAGAAAGGAGACAUGAACGAUCUGUUUCCGGAGAUUGUGCUGGCGCUGUCUGUCGUGGGUAUCCUGGCAUCUCAUGCUGUUGCUAUGCUAAGUAUCUUUUUUGCUAGUGAGGUUAUUCCUACUGUGGUCAGAGGAGCUGGAAUUGGACUGAUUAUGGCUGUUGGUUUUGUGGGCAGAGCAGCAGCACCAAUCAUGGACAUACACAACAAUGAUGGCUUUUUUCUUCGUCAUGUUGUCUUUGCCUCUUUUGCAGUGCUGUCUGUACUUUGCAUCAUGCUUCUUCCAGAGACCAAACGCAAAAACCUUCCAGAAGGCAUAAAAGAUGGUGAGAACUUGCGCCGGCCGUCAAUGUUCCAUUCCCGUAACAUGGCCGGUGUGCCUCUGCUGUCUCCAUCAAAAAAGAGGAGUGACUACAACCCAGAGAACUAUUCCCUCCUUAUGACUACCACCAAAAAAAUGCUGUCCAGAGAGAAGAUGCCUUUCGUAGCAGGGCAGUACACAAAAGUUCAAAGUGAUGAAAAUCAAGAUAUGAAGGAAGACUCAUAACUCACUACCCUCUGCUGUCUUGUAGACAGUGUUACAGUGCCUCACAUUCCCGUACAUGUUGCCAUCCCAUAGGGUAACUGGCAAACUUGUACUGCAGGGCUUUUGUAUAUUUUAUGCCACAUUCAGUCACAGUCACAGUUGCUGUUCCAGCCUUAGAGUGAGACAACCUGAAAAUACAAUUGUAACACACUGGUGUAAUGUUUACACUUCUCUCUGUAGUUUUUAAAUUACUACUUUGUCAUGAAUAUGUGCAAUGUAUUUUCAUUUCUUUUCAGAUAUUCUAAAUGUUAAUACUAUGAUUCCAACUACAAUUGCACUUGUGCUGUGACAAUCUAUUGUUUGCUGUGAAAAAUUAUAACUUGCAUUUUUCCCUGGUGUCUAAUGUAGAUACUGCCAAGCCGGGAGCAAUUUUACUAUAGUUAGAAAAUUAGGUCACAAAUGCACAUGCAUUCUGCAUGGUGUAUUCUCUUAUGUUUACAGUCAAAGUUACAGUAAAAGAUUUGAUUUUGUAUCCUUUGGUCUGUAGGGUGGUUACUUGAAUGUGUUGUCACUAUGGGGAUGAAGUGGUGAUAUUUGGUAAUAAUUCCUGCUUAUUGUGAAGGAUUUUAAACUGGGCAAUUUACUGGUAAUGCGUUAAAAUGGAAGAAUUGAAUGACAAUGAAGUUGUCCAGUUUUAUGUGCAGCAAACAAAUUUUGGUGAUUCUUUGUGACCGGGAUCAACUGUUUAAACAUUAGGAUAAGCUCCUGUUACCUUUAAUCUUGUUCUUAACAUUCUGUCUUUUAAACCAGGGUACAUAUUUCAGGUUUCUCAAGCAAGGUAAUUGCAACAUGUGAUUAUGAAUACAGAUCACUGCUGUAAUUAGAGAAAGAUGUCCGAAGAUAUGAGUGGACAAAUGAUGGUGUAAUUGGAUGAAGCAAGUCUGGGUUGCAGUUACAGGUUAUAAUUGAUUGAAAGUAGCCUUUCACUCCCCUUGGGUGGUGCCAACAGUGGUUGUGAUGCCAGCAGUAAUGUCAUUUUUAUUGCUGCCAUCUGCAUAUUCUGCUUACCUGGCUUGAAGUUAGGUUAAGAUCAUGUACUCCCUUUUUCUGGGGGUAGGGAAAGAGAAUGGCAUCCAGAUGUUAUAAGCCGUGUGAAGGAAUUUUAUAAGUCUCAUGAGUCAUAGACAUAUCAUUAUCAAAGUCUGAGUAUGGAGGAGGAGAAGACCUAAAUCCCAGAAGUUAAAAUGAAAAACUUCACUCAAAGAAAAACUUGAACAUUAAUUGGCCAACUUCUGAUUAAUGAUUUUCUUUUGUUGUCAUUUUUUAAUUUCUAGUAUGAGUUUAUUGUUUCAAAAACUGAAGAAUUCUAUAGCUAGGGUACUGCCUUACUGCAGGGUUUUGCCAUUUUUGAUUGCUCAUGGCAAAGGGUAGUUAGGGUUUGGCAUAGUGGUUAAGAUGUUUACCUUGCAAACACUAGGUACAAGAUGUGAUUCUGAGUUUUGGGAAACACUGCUAAGCCUAAAAAGCCCCCCCCCCCUCGGCCGGGUUCACUAGCCUAGUAAUUACCCUAUGAAGCUAUGAAGAGAAAGCACAGUAGAAUGAAUAGGGUGUGUAGAUAUUUUCUGCAUGCUUCCUUGGCAGCUGAAGCACAGUACCUCAGAUUUCUCUCCUUGCCUUCAGAGUAUAAAUGCCUCUUGAAAAUGGUUUCUGUGCUAGCUAAAAAUGCUCAUUUGUAAAUAAUAAUAAAAAAAACCUGCUGCGUCUUUUUUUACCUUUCAUCA